UUGCUGCUAUGGGCAUCGGGGCGACGGUUUUGAUGGGUCUCUCUUCGUCGUUGUCGUCGUCUCCGCGCAAUCGAUCGUGCUCGUGACGAUCGCCAGGCCUCAUUUCGAUUCAUCGCUGCAUUGCUGUGUCACCCACAUUGCCUCCCGUUUUAAUUGGGUUAAGUUAAGGCCAGGAAAAGCCGGGCACCAUGAGCAACGCGCAGCGCAGCAUGCACUAUGCGCGGGCUCUGUUGAGAGCAUUUAAAAAGGAGCCCUCGCGCGUCGCCCGAGGUGCUGUUCGUGAAACGGCCCCCGCGAAGCCCAUGCGCGAAUGUAGUCGUCCUUCUGCUCUGCAGUCAUUGCGAGAUUCGGAUUUGCAUUUGAUGAACUCGUUUCAAAAGUUCAGAUGGGCAUCUGCAGCCUCCCCGGUCUCUCAUGCCGCUCCUUCGUUCGAAUCAUGUCCGAGCUUAUAUAGUGCCAGUUUUUCUUCUGCUACUUCCCCAGAAGUGAGUGGCAAGCCUGGUGCAGUAGGAGGCUCUACGACUGAUGCGGCUGCGGCCAGCUCAGAAGAGAAAGUCGAGCCAAUUCAACCUUGCAUCGGUGACGACAAAGGUGGCACAGGUGUUGAACAGGACGUAAAAACAGAUAAAGAUUUAGCAAAAGAGAACGAAGAUCUAUUAGGGCUACUAGGUGAACGGGAGGCCCUUCUUGAAGAGAAAGACCGAGCAUUGACUCAGACAAAGGACAAGCUCUUACGCAGUUAUGCUGAAAUGGAAAAUCUCAUAGAUCGCACAAGACGAGAGGCUGAGUCGACUAGAAAAUAUUCUAUUCAGGAUUUUGCCCAGAGUCUUCUUGACGUCGCUGACAACCUUGGACGUGCUUUGGAGACUGUUCGGAAAUCUGUAUCUGCGGAUGACGCAGAGAUCAACGCGAAAUUAUUGGUUUCAUUGCUCGAAGGUGUAGAGAUGACUGACAAACAGCUUAUGAAGGUGUUCGAGAAGCAUGGCCUAACGCGAUUCAAUCCUGAAGGCAUAGUUUUUGAUCCGAAUGAACAUCAAGCGGUCUUCGAAGUUGAGGAUGCCAAUAAAACCCCGGGCACUGUAGCUGUGGUCUUAAAGACUGGAUACAAGCUGCAUGACCGUGUGAUUCGGCCGGCUGUUGUUGGGGUUGUGAAGGAAAAUUCUGAAUAAAGUUCCUCUGAUCAAGACAGGUUGAAAAGCUUCACUAACAAUUUUUCAUUUACUGGGUCCGACUCCGAAUUAGAUGACACUUUGAGAGUUGGUCAGUAUCGCUUAGUUGAAUUGGUAGGCUCUAGUGGUAGGUUGUAAGAAGCUUUUGCGGAUAUAAGUUGAAGUUGGAAGAAUCAGUUGUGAGGAGUAGAAUGUGAGGUUCCCACCCCAAAUUUAUGAAAGCCAAUCAGAGUAUAGUAGUUGCAACGACAGACUGCAGUCCAUGAAAGACUCUACUUUUACUCCCUUUUUAAGGGCGUUGCAGGUUAAUGGAAAGUACUAUUUUUUUUUUAAUAA